AUGGCAGCCUCCGUGUGUCGGUGCUACGAGCUGGUUGGCAGACGUGCCUUGGCCCUCAGCUCCCGGUGUCUGGUCUCCUCUGUGUGGAGAGGAGAUGCCUACAGGUUACAGAGGAGCCCAGCAGCUGCUGUGCAGGUGCGAUAUGCCUCAGGGCGUAAAGGUUUCCUGGGAGAGUUUGUGGAUAACCUCCGUCAGGAGUUCAGUAAGAAUCAGGAGAUGAAAGAUAACAUAAAGAAGUUCAGAGAGGAGGCCAAGAAGCUUGAGGAGUCCGAUGCCCUCCAACAGGCACGCCGGAAAUAUAAAACUAUUGAGGCAGAGACGGUGAAGACCUCAGAGGUGUUCAAGAAGACUUUCGGCUCCCUGUCAGAGACUAUGAAGGAGGGUCUGGAGGAGAUGACUCGUACCGACAUUGGUAAGAAGAUCAAGGAAGGUGUGGAGGAGGCAGCCAAGACAGCCAUGCACUCAGCUGAAUCUGUCUCCAAGGGGGGAGAAAAACUGGGCAAGACCAGUGCAUUCAAGGCCAUCUCACAGAGUGUGGAGACCAUGAAGAAGGAGAUAGAUGUUGGUGAUGCCGGCCCUUACAGGGCUCCUCCUCAGCUGAGGAAGAGAAGUGAUUUCUCAUCUAAAGGAGCAGACAGUGACACCAGAGUGUUCGAGGCCAAUGAGGAAGAUAUGGGUGUCGUUCUCCACAAGGAUGCAAAGUGGUACCAACAGUGGAAGGACUUCAAGGACAAAAAUGUUGUUUUUAAUAGGUUCUUUGAGAUGAAGAUGAAAUAUGAUGAAAGUGACAAUGCCCUUAUCAGAGCAUCCCGAGCUGUGACUGACAAAGUUACUGACCUCAUAGGUGGUCUUUUCUCUAAGACGGAAAUGUCAGAGGUUCUGACGGAGAUCGUGAAGGCAGACCCCAACUUUGACAAAGACUCUUUUCUCAAACAGUGUGAGAAGGACAUCAUCCCAAAUAUACUGGAGGCUAUGAUCCGUGGAGAGCUGGAUGUACUAAAGGACUGGUGCUAUGAAGCUACAUACAGUCAGCUGGCUCACCCCAUCCAGCAGGCCAGAGCUUUGGGGCUGCUCUUUCAAUCCAAAAUCCUUGACAUUGAUAAUAUAGACUUGGCGAUGGGGAAGAUGAUGGACCAGGGCCCUGUGCUCAUCAUCACCUUCCAAGCUCAAGUCGUCAUGGUGAUCCGCAGCCCCAAAGGAGACAUAGUGGAAGGAGAUCCGGAGAAGGUGAUGAGGAUGAUGUAUGUUUGGGCAUUGUGUCGUGACCAGGAGGAGCUGAACCCUAACGCAGCCUGGAGACUCCUCGACAUCUCUGCCUCCAGCACCGAGCAGGUUCUCUAGAAGGAGGAGGAACGCAGGUUAAGAGGUGCAUCUUGGACACACAAACUGAGAAGACCGGACAGGAGAAAACAAGGAUGUGCCUGAAAAAACCUGCAUGUGCUGGCGCUCGUAAACACACAUAUUUAAUGAGGGCAGAGUAAACCCAUGCUCCUGUGUACACGCACUACCAUUUCUCUAUCGCCACCCACAGGAUUCAUGUGUCGAUGUGUAAAAACAUGGAGAUUUGACAAACUCGUAGAAAUGUGAACAUCCACUGCGCGUAUAUGUGUUGUCUCUUGCACCGGUUUGCUCAGUUUUUGGGUUUCCAGGUACUGAGAGGAUUGUGAAUAUUGAACAUAAACUUUAUUUCUGAAAAGGAUGCAAGCAACGUUACACCCGCUCCCCCACCCCUCCACCUCUUUUCUUUCAUCUGAUGGUACAAGUCCAUCCAGCCUUGGUGACCAAAUCCCAGAA